AUGGAAGGCCCUUCCCGAGACCCUCAGAGAUCGGACAUCCUCCAGGAAGUACGCGAUGAGAAACCGGCGGCAGACGGAGGGCUUGUCGCCUGGUUGGGUGUUGUUGGCGCUUGGCUGAUGUUUUUUAUCACCUGGGGCCCUGCUGGCUCUUUUGGAGUCUUCGAAGCCUAUUACAAAUCUCAGAUGCUGUCCUCAUACUCUGAGUCGACAAUUGCUUGGAUAGAUCAGUAUCAACUUUACAACAAAAAGGCCGAUUGCAGUUGGAAUAACAACAACGGGCGCGGUAUUGUUUUCCCCAUCCUUUUCAAUGCUCUUGAACCCAAGGUCGGGUUCGGUUGGACAAUUCGAGUCUUUGGAUUCCUGCAAUUAGUAUUCGGCCUCGCGGCUCUUGGCCUAUUGCUGCAGAUGCCGCAAAAGUCAACUAAGCCCAGAAAAUUGUUCGAAUGGAGAGCCUUUACAGAAAUCCCAUACACUACCUUUUGUGUUGGCUGCUUCUGUCAGUACUUGUCUUACUGGAUUCCGCUAUUCUACCUUGUUACAUAUGGUCGGUCUGUUCUGGGUAUACGCCAGUCUGCCGGGUUCAUUGUGUUCUGUGUGCUAUUUGGUAUUUCAUCGGGGACGUUUGUUGCUGCCAACCCCGUGGCCACCUUGCAUCCAACGAUUACACCGAGCCUCACUAUUGCAGGAGAGCGUCUGGGGAUGAAUUGGCUUAUAUCUGGUCUGGGAACAUUGCUUGGAGCUCCCAUAGCGGGUACCUUGUCUCGUCCAGAGAGCGGCCAAUUUUUGCAUGCUCAGAUCUUUACGGGUUGCAUCAUGGUCGGUGCUGCUUUGUUUAUGUCAGUACCGCUGCUUGUGACGUUUUCAUAUGAUAGGAAAGAAAAGAGGAGGCUUUCAGCUGGAGUAGUAGAGAGCAGUAGUCAUCUAGAAUGA